AAUCAUCAAUUUUCAUUUUUUCAUCUUAAAAGAACAAAAACCAUCCAAUUCUCUCUCUCCUUCCAGCAAACAACGAGAGCCAUCUACUCAAAGGGCAUUGCAAUUUGGAUACAAUGGAUUUCAUGAAGGUCCUCGAUCAAACAGUCCGCGAAAUUAAAAGGGAGGUGAAUUUGAAAGUUCUGAAGGUUCCCGAAAUCGAACAGAAGGUACUGGAUGCAACGGAUGAUGAACCUUGGGGUCCUCAUGGUUCUGCUUUGGCAGAGAUAGCACAGGCCACAAAAAAAUUCACUGAAUGCCAGAUGGUGAUGAAUGUUCUCUGGACAAGAUUGAGUGAAACUGACCGGAACUGGCGUUAUGUCUACAAGGCAUUGACUGUUAUAGAAUAUUUGGUGGCAAAUGGAUCUGAUCGUGCAGUUGAUGACAUAAUAGAACAUACAUUCCAGAUUGCGUCACUUUCAAAUUUUGAAUAUGUUGAGCCAAGUGGGAAGGAUAUGGGAAUCAAUGUGAGGAAGAAGGCAGAAACCAUUGUGGCUCUUUUAAAUGAUAAAGAUAAGAUACAAGAAGUAAGAAAUAAAGCUGCUGCAAACCGUGACAAGUAUUUUGGACUUUCAUCAUCUGGAGUAGCAUAUAAGUCAGGUUCAGCCUCAUUUGGUAGCAGCAGUUUACAGGGUAGUGAUCGAUAUGGUGGUACAAGAGAUGGCAAUACUUUCAAGGGUAGUAAUAGAGACAAGGGUCAAUUCGGUGAAGAUAGGUUUGACCAGAAUACUUAUGCUAAGUCACGUCGAGGUGUUACAAGUGAGAACCAGCAGAACUCGAAGAGAGGGUCUACCCGCUAUGAAAGCAAAGUUAAAGAUACUUCGGCAUCUGGUGAAUCAAAGCCAGCAACAAAGAGUAACAACUCUGAUAAGUAUGUAUCAUUUGCUUCACAAAGCUUAAGCGCUCCAAAUAAGUAUGAGGAUGAUUUUGAUGAUUUUGAUCCUCGGGGAACCUCCAGUUCCAAAACUGCUGCUGCAAGCUCUAAUCAAGUGAAUCUGUUCGAACAAAGUUUGAUUGGUGACCUCAUGGAUGCACCGGCUUCUGUUCCCGCAGAAAUGUCUACUAUGAAAAACAAUUCUUCAGAGGUUGAUUUGUUUGCUGAUGCAGCUUUUGUAUCAGCAGCACCCCAUGUAGAAGCCGGGGGAAAUUCUGAGACUCAGGCCAAGAUUGAUCUAUUUGCCUCUCAACCUGCUUCAUCUUCUGCAGUUUCUUCAUCAGUAGAUUUUUUUGCUGCUCCUGAUCCAAUUUCUCAGCCAGUGAAUAAGUCUACGAAAUCUGAUGCUAUGGACACCAAUACUGUUGAUCCAUUUGCUGCUGUUUCGCUCAACAAUUUUGAUGGAUCUGAUGUUUUUGGUGUAUUUUCUUCUCAUAGUGAUUCAUCAUCUACAGAACCCACACAAAAUCCUGAUGGCGGUCAUAACAACUUGAAUGCAAAUUCUUCAGCUGAACCUAAGCCUCCACCCAAGAAGGAUACAUUCCAAGUGAAAUCUGGCAUAUGGGCAGAUACUCUAAGCCGGGGGCUGAUCGAUCUUAAUAUAUCUGCUCCAAAGAAGGUGUCUUUAGCCGACGUCGGAGUUGUGGGUGGGUUAAGUGAUGGAUCAGAUGAAAGGGAGAAGGGACCCCCAACUUCAUUUUACAUGGGGAGAGCCAUGGGUUCAGGAUCUGGCCUUGGCAGAUCGUUUUCAUCAUCAGCAGCAGAAAUGGGUGGAGAUGAUAUAUUCCCAAACUUAAACAACCAACAAAAUCAAGUCGGUGACUUCCAAAAAUAAUUUCGUCAAUUUUCUCAAUUCCUAACCAAAUCUCUUUAUUUUCUUGUGUAUUUGACAAAAAAAUUGAAGUCUUUGACCAUCUUGGCGUGUUUAUAUAUACGUCAAAAUAGUAUGACAUGAUAAUAUGGUAGUUAGUGGGAAUUAUUGUGACACAUUGGUGGUACUGGUGUAUCAGUUUAUUGUAAAUGGAAUGUUCAAUAAUAACAAAGGCGCACAUACUUUGGCCAAAAAGAAACUCAAUGUUUCAAAUUUGUUAGAACCCUCUUUCAAACUUUGAUCGUUAUUAUUUGUACGCUCCACAUUCUGUAUUUUUUUUCUGAUGCUAUGAUCGAAGGCCUUUACGAGGUGUUGUAUGGCUUA